AUACAGACUAACAGUUGCAGCCUAAAUGCGGGCCUAGAUAUCAGAGAGAAGUGAUUCUUCUGUGUUCAUACAAGCCAUUGGUAUAGCAGGAAUAGAACAUCCCUCCACUGUGAUACUGGGAAUUGUGUUUCUGUUUGUUGAUGGAAAGUUGGUCUCUUUAUUUGUGACAAAUGGCAUAAACUUUUGAUUCGAAAAUGAUAAUGGUGGAGAUCAGAAACUGUCCAAGAAGCACGAGAAUUCUUCGAUUCCUUGGAUGCGUGUAUUGUGGGAUUCAUGCAACCCUGGUGGAUAUCAAUGGAGGGUUCUUCUCAACCUGCUUGGCAUAAAUCACGUAGUUCUAGGGCAUUCAACACUUCUGGUGUCUCAGACAGUGAUCCAAGGCAGCAUCGUGCUGAACAAAUUGGCAUUUCAGGUGAUACAUUGCUUGAUUUUGGGUUUGGAAAGGAGGGUAAUAGGGGUUUGCUGGCUCAGAAUGAUCAACUUAGAAGUCAGGUUGGCAUGUCUGGGGUUUGUGAGGAUGAGGCAGUAGUAAAACCUUUUGUUGGGUCCAUAGAAUGGGGCGAUGUUAGCUUGAGGCAGUGGUUGGAUAUACCAGAAAGAUCUGUUGAUGUGUUUGAGUGCUUGCAUAUAUUCAGACAGAUAGCGGAAAUUGUAAAUGCAUCCCAUUCUCAAGGAGUUGUAAUUCAUAAUGUUAGGCCAUCGUGCUUUGUUAUGUCCUCCUUCAACCAUGUUUCCUUCCUUGAAUCUGCAUCUUGUUCGGAUUCUGGAUCUGAUUCCAUUGAGGAUGGAUUAAAUGGUCAAAGCAUGACAGUUAAGAAUUUGUCAUCGCCCUUGCUCCUUGAGAUGUCUCAAAGUGGUAGGUUAAUGGAUAAAGAUCUCCAAACCCCAACAAAUGCUUUAUCAGAAGCCAUUUGCAUGCAGUCAAGUUCAGUAUGUGCAAGGAAUGCAAUGUCAGAAGAGAGUGAAGAAAAUAAAAUUUUAGCAGGGAGGAAUUUUGAACAAGUAGUAGAGAAGGGGCAACCAUUUCCAAUGAAGCAGACACUGGUUAUGGAGACCAGUUGGUACACCAGUCCUGAGGAGGUUGCCGGCUCACCAAUCACCUGUGCUUCUGACAUUUAUAGGUUGGGGGUUCUCUUAUUUGAGUUAUUCUGCCCAUUUAGCUCCAGAGAGGAAAAGACCAGAACAAUGUCUAGUUUGAGACAUCGAGUUCUUCCUCCCCAGUUGUUACUGAAGUGCCCAAAGGAAGCCUCCUUUUGUUUAUGGUUAUUGCAUCCUGAGCCAAGUUGUCGUCCAAGCAUGGGUGAGUUGUUGCAAAGCGAGUUUCUCAAUGAACCAAGGGAUUACCUGGAAGAACAUGAAGCAGCAAUUGAGCUUAGGGAGAAAAUUGAGGAGCAGGAGUUGCUGCUUGAAUUCCUUGUGGUUUUGCAACAAAGAAAACUGGAAGCUGCCAAUAGAUUGCAUGAUACUGUUUCUUUUCUGUUUUCUGAUAUUGAAGAAGUUAAGAAGCAACAUGCAAUUUUAAAGAAAAAGGGAAGCUCGCAAACAGAAUUCUUGAAGGAUGACCACUCUAUGUCAAGUCUUCUCUCGAUUAACAUUGUUGAUAAUGAAGAUUCUUCUAGCUUGGUGUAUAGAAAAAGAUUCAGACCAGGACUUCUGACUUACAAUAUAGAAGAAUGUGUUGAUAGUCUAGACUGUGAUCCAAGGUCAGAAGCACUCACCAAAAAUCAAGAAAAUAUUCUCCUGAGAGGUUCUCAAUUGAUGAAGAACUUUAAGAAAUUAGAGUCAGCAUAUUUCUUGACGAGAUGUACGCCAGUCAAACCUUUAAGGAAACCAUCGAUUAGACAUUCACCAGUAAAUAGUGAUGGCCGAGGAUCUGUUGUUCUGACUGAAAGAAGUUCAGUCAAUAAUUUGACCUCAAAAGAGCAGCAUAUUGAGGGCACAGAUAGUGGAUGGAUAAAUCCUUUCCUUGAGGGUUUGUGCAAAUAUCUAUCUUUCAGCAAGUUAAAAGUUAAGGCAGAUUUGAAGCAAGGAGAUUUGUUAAAUUCCUCCAACCUGGUGUGCUCCCUGAGUUUUGAUCGUGAUGGAGAAUAUUUUGCCACAGCAGGUGUAAAUAAGAAGAUCAAAAUAUUUGAAUGUGAUACAGUGAUGAAUGAAAAUCGUGAUGUUCACUAUCCUGUGGUUGAAAUGGCGAGUCGGUCAAAGUUAAGCAGCAUAUGCUGGAAUAGUUAUAUUAAAAACCAACUUGCUUCAAGUAACUUUGAAGGUGUGGUGCAGGUGUGGGAUGUUACAAGAAGUCAAGUACUCAUGGAAAUGAAAGAGCAUGAGAAACGUGUAUGGUCCAUUGAUUUCUCCUCAGUGGUUCCAACAUUGUUGGCGAGCGGGAGCGAUGAUGGCUCUGUCAAGCUAUGGAAUAUCAAUCAGGGAGUAAGUAUUGGUACCAUCAAAACAAGGGCCAAUGUUUGUUGCGUCCAUUUUCCUUUGGAUUCUGGUCGAUCUCUUGCAUUUGGUUCAGCAGAUCAAAAAAUUUAUUACUAUGAUCUUCGAAACACUAGAAUUCCUCUUUGCACCUUAACUGGGCACAAAAAAACUGUGAGCUAUGUCAAGUUUGUUGAUACAACCACACUUCUUUCUGCAUCAACGGAUAAUACCCUAAAGCUUUGGGAUCUGUCAAUGAGCACAUCUCAAGUGAUUGAUGCUCCCCUUCGUUCAUUUACAGGCCACAUGAAUGUAAAGAACUUUGUAGGCUUAUCAGUGUCUGAUGGUUACAUUGCCACUGGCUCAGAAACUAACGAGGUGUUCAUCUACCACAAGGCUUUCCCCAUGCCAGCAUUUUCAUUCAAGUUCAACAGCACAGACAUGUCAUCAAGUCAAGAAGUAGAUGAUCCCAUGCAGUUCAUCUCAUCUGUUUGUUGGCGUGGCCAGUCUUCUACCUUAGUUGCUGCAAAUUCUACUGGAAAAAUCAAAAUUUUGGAGAUGGUAUAGUUUGGAGUCCUCUACUCUCCGAAACCAUAAUUUUUGGAAACAGAAUGGAAGGGUUUUGGUCCUGGUUGCUAGAGGAUUGAACAAUGACAAGAAUCAUGUUACAGGAGUUCAAAAGGGUAUAUAGCAAAUUUAGAAAACAAUUUUUGGCAGUAGAUGAUAGUUGAUAGCAGAUGCUAAUAAAAUAUAAGAGUAUAGAUUUAUCAAUCUGUGUGGAUAAAAUACAAAGAGGAAAACAGACGGAUAAGAAAACACUUUCUCCUGUAUAUUUUGUAAUGAUUAUAGCUCAUAAUCAUUUUUUGCGUUGUUACCCUUUAGAAUUCAGAUGCCGUGUGUAUGUCAUUGCUUGAUACUGGACUGUCCAGGAGCUUCCUCACACAAAAACCAAAUUCAUCUUCAGAACACUGAUAUAGGAUUCAAAUCUUCAUAUUUUUACAGGUUGGAUGAGUUUUUCAGCAUGAAGAAAAACCAAAUAGACCUUCAUGAUUUGU